AUGGAUUUGAGCAGGGAAGGCGUAUUUCUGGGGUUUGACUUCCCCCUGUCUCUGAACGGCAAGUGGAAUUCGUGGAGGCGACGAAAGUACAACACCAGAUCACACGACAGCCACUACUUGGCGGCGCAGAGUGCAAAGGGGGUGAACUAUUAUCCGCGACAGCAUGUUUUCGCAGUGCAGUGGCAGGAAGACUCUGUCCACCGUGUUCGCUGGUUUCGAGCUGCUUACGGCAUCCGCAGGGCACUGCGAGCCGCGCAAGCGUUUAGACGCACUUUGGAGGCUUUAGGUCGAGUGGACGGGGAGCAGAGCGAACGCCAGCUGCGUCAGAAGGCAGCAGCGAAUCGGCGGGAGCUGCGCCUGCGCAAGAAACUCUUUGCGAAGAUUUCCUCUGGUCAGUUCUAA